ACAAUAAUUGCCGUACCUUCCAUACCUACCUUUUUGAUUUCUCUUUCAACCAUCCCCUAUACAAAUUCAAAAGAAGAAGCUCCUGCAAACAAAGAAGAAGACUUGACCACAUCCAAUCCCCAAUCGACACACCCCGCAAUAAUGGCCCUCCAAAAACUUAGCAACAAUCCUGCCGUCCGCAUGCUCAACGCAGCAGCCGCAGGCAAAUAUGGCGUCCUCGGUGUAGUAUCCUACAACCUCGAAACUAUCAUCGGCGCCAUCCGCGCCGCCGAGUCAAAGAAGGCACCUCUCCAGAUCCUCCUCUUCCCAUGGGCACUCCACUACUCUCCCUCGUUCGUCUCUGCCGCAGCCGAAGCCUGUGCCGCCGCCUCCGUCCCCGUAACCCUUCAUAUGGAUCACGCACAAGACCCCGAAGUCAUCAAGAAAGCCGCAAACCUCAAGAAACAUGACGGCACACCCAUGUUCGACUCUAUCAUGGUAGACAUGUCUCACUACGAAAAGGAGGAGAAUUUGGCAAAGACUACCGAGUUGGUCAAGCUGUGUCAUGAGAAGGGCAUCGCUACCGAAGCAGAGCCCGGUAGAAUUGAGGGUGGUGAAGAUGGAGUCAAGGAUACUGCGGAGUUGGAAGGCAUGAUGACUACGGCGGAGGAAGUUGACGAUUUCAUUGCCACGGGGAUUGAUUUCCUGGCACCGGCCUUUGGAAAUGUGCAUGGUGAUUAUCAUGGUGUGGAGAAUAUUCAUUUGGACUAUGAGCGUCUCGAAUCUAUCCAAAAGAAGGUCGAUGGUAGAGUCCAAAUCGUACUGCACGGCACAAACGAGUUCAUCCCUUCGAUUUUGAACAAGUGUAUCGAGAGAGGUGUCACUCGUGUCAAUGUCAAUAAGAUGGUCCUGUCUGAUUACUUUGCCUACACGGCUGAGAAGACUGGCAAAGUUCCAUUGACCGAGCUGGUCGAGACAAGUACCGAAUUGAUCAAGAAGCAAUGUGAGGGCUGGAUCGAUGCUAUGGGUUGUGCAGGCAAGGCUGGCACCUACUAAGCAGAACUCAUAUCGCUGUGUGCAGAAAAAGUUGGAUGAAUUGGAUAUGACACUGAUUAAAUGCUUUUGAUAGUAAUGAUACACUUUUCUAUACUCUAUAUUCUAUAUCCUCU